AUGGCAACUUAUUGGAACGAAAAUCUACUUACCGCUACGCUAUUCCGAGUAGCACAACCUCGAAAGGUUGCCACGGAGGUUUCCACUUCUCUUAAUAGUCAGGUGCGGGAUGUCGAUUGGUACCGUCAGCUUUGGUGGAAAACUGGUAACAUACAUCCCAAAGCCAAAUGGGAAAAAGCAACGUAA